AUGUUUCCACCGGAAGUGAUCUGCUGCCGUGCCUGUGCGUUCAAGUCUGUCCUCUAACAAUCAUCACAGCGGACAGACCAGUACAGAGAGAUUCUUUUGCGCAUUAAAAUAAUCUUCAUUAAAUCAUCAUCUGCUCGAUCAUGGCGGGAACACUGGCGCGUAAAGCCGUGGAUCAUCUGCGCAGUAAAGAGUUCCGAGAUUAUCUCAUGAGGUCACAUUUCUGGGGUCCGGUGGCCAACUGGGGUCUGCCCAUCGCCGCUAUCUCUGACAUGAAGAAGAGUCCAGAGAUCAUCAGCGGCAGAAUGACCUUUGCUCUCACCUGUUACUCGCUCUUGUUCAUGAGGUUCGCCUACAAGGUGCAACCCAGAAACUGGCUUCUGUUUGCCUGCCAUCUAACCAAUGAAACGGCACAACUCAUCCAGGGAAGCAGACUCAUCAAAUACAACAUGGAGAAGAAGAUGGCCAAAUGAUGGAGGUUUCUGUGAACAACCAGCACGGUUCACAUCCUGUGAUCAGUGAAGCCGUGUAGCAACAUGUUUUGCUGACAUCUGGUGCAUUUUAACAGAAAUAAUAAUCACAUCAAUUAUAUGGAUUUCAUACAAAUGUCAUUCAAAUCUUCAGACUUUCUUUCUGAUUGUCUGUCUGUUACACACAGAACCCUUUUAAGCCUUGCCACAAGGUCUUGAAGUUUGUAGUUUGUAAUUUAGAUUUGUUUUGGGUCAUUUAUUUCCAUACAUGAUGUUUAAAAAUGAAUAUGGUUAAAAAUAAAAAAAUAAAAAAAAGGGUAAUAGUC